AUGUGCAAAAAUAUCUGUACAAUUAAAUCUGAAAACACACAUGAUACUGAAAAAAAUAAUUUAAACAUUGCCGCGACCACUGGCAUCGUUGCUUCUGGUAUUGGUUAUUCUCAAUUUGAAGAGCUAUGUUCAGCAAUAGACGUUCCAGUAUUUACUCCGAAUACUUACACUAAAUAUCAAGAUCAGGUUCUUAAAAAAUGGGAACAAACUGCGAGUUCUUCUAUGGCAGCUGCUGCAGAAAAAGAAAAAGAAAUAGCUAUCGAAGAAGGCCAAACCAAGGGUGGUUUUCCCGUAAUUGAUGUUCUCGUUGAUGGCUCCUGGUGCGCUCGAUCCUAUGGUUCUAAUUAUAAAGCAUUAUCUGGUACUGCAGCUAUUAUCGGCAGAAAAACUGGUCAAAUUCUUUACAUUGGGGUGAAAAAUAAAUACUGUCUUGUGUGUGCCCGAGCUGAAAAUAACAAUAUUUCACCUAAGGAGCAUAAAUGCUUCAAAAAUUACGAAGGAUCGUCAACGUCUAUGGAAAAUGAGAUUAAAGUCGAAGGAUUUAAGUCUUCUAUAUCUUCAUACGGCGUCAUAUAUGGUAGAAUAAUUGGUGAUGGUGACGCCUCUACUUACGCGAAAAUCCUACAGGCCAGACCAUAUGCAGAACAAAACGUCACUGUCGAAAAAAUUGAGUGCCGUAACCAUAUCUUGCGAAACUUUUGUAAAAGAAUGCGUAAUUUAAUAACAGAAACAAAAUACGCUUUGGCUCAACGAAAAACAUUGACUAAUGUAAAAAUUUUAGCAAUGCGGAAAGCAAUUGUGAAAGCCAUAAAACAUCACAAAGUGUCGCAGAGUCCUCGAGAUGUUUUAAUAUCGAUGUUACACAAAUAUAUCAUCAACUCUGUGUCACAUGUGUAUGGUGACCAUAGAUUUUGCCAGGAUUAUUUCUGUACAAAAGAAAAAAAUGAUAAUGAAGAACUUAAAAAAAUUCAAAAUUCAACCUUUAUUUUUAGGAUAAAUGCCAUUGUUUCCAGUAUUGCAGCAAAAUCACGAAGUUUAAUUGAAGACGUGGAUACCAACAAUGUCGAAUGCUUUAAUAGUGUAAUUGCAAAAUUUAUUGGAGGAAAACGAAUCAAUUUUGCUUUGAAAGGAGGUUAUCAAGGUAGGUGUUCAGCGGCAGUAGUGUCAUUCAACACCAAAUCGGCAAUAUCCACAGUUCAAUCGGCUUUUACUGGCAAAUGUCCCGGAGGAAAUGUUGUGAUUGUAGAAAGAAAAAGGUCUCAAAAACGGAAGAUAAACUUUGAACAUCCAAAAAAGAAAAGAAGAAUAUUAAGGGAAAUUAACAAAAAGCAACAUGAUUAUGGUCCAGCAAGUGCAGCACCUGAUAUGUCUCCUCAACAGUUAGAAAAAGCUAAAGAAGAAUUUAUGAAAAAUUUGAAGGAUGUUACAUGUGAUAGGAAUGCUAUUGAAAGGGCUACCGUGUUGCAAAGGGACAGCAGUGAAUGGCUUGAGUUAAGAAAAAAUCUUGUUACAGCUUCAAAUUUCGGCCUUAUAUGUAAAAGAAAGGCUAAUUUUGGCACUGCUUCACUUGUUAAAAAUAUAUUAUAUCCAAAGAAUUUGUUAAACGUUGCCUCCAUUUGCCACGGAAUCGAACAUGAAAGUCAAGCUCUACAACAACUGGAAAAGCAAGAAAAUGUGAAAAUUACGCAUUGUGGACUAUUUAUCGAUCAAACUCAUCCAUUUAUCGGUGCAACUCCGGACGGACUGGUGGGAUAUGAUAUGCUAGUCGAGAUAAAGUGUCCCAUUACAGCUUCUAAAAAAAGGUCUUGA